UGUGUGUGUGUGUGUGUGUGUGUGUGUGUGUGUGUGUGUGUGUGGGGUGUUCUUUUGUAUUAAUUUAUUGGUAAAUGCCGAUACCUCUUAUGGAAUCUCUCCUUCGAUGGAAUGGAGGAUGGGUUGUCCUGCUGUACAUAUAGGACUGCGCUAUUACCACACACAGCAAUGAACAGAGAGAGAGGGAGAGAUCAGUGAAACAACAAGAGAGAAAAAGAGAGAGAGAGAGACAGAGGAAGAAGUGGUGUAUCACUGGGAAUCUUAAUAAGUUCAGCAGAAGAACAAAACAAUGACAGACUGUGGCUUUGAGAGGCAGUUUGUGGAUGCUCAUAAUGACUAUCGCAGGAAGCAUGGUGCCCCGCCCCUAGCUCUGAGCAGAGACCUGUGUAACUCCGCCCAGAAAUGGGCAGACCAUCUUCUGUCAAUCAAAUGCCUGAAGCACAGCUCCACCAAUCACGGAGAAAACCUUUACUACGCAUACAGCUCAACCCCCCAAAAACCUGUUGGGAAGGAUGCAGUGGACAGUUGGUACAGUGAAAUCAAAGAUUACCACUUCAAUAAGCCUGGCUUCAGCUCCGGUACAGGUCACUUCACCCAGGUGGUUUGGAAGGACUGCAGCGAGGUAGGUGUGGGCCUGGCCACAGAUGGGCAAACGAUCUUUGUAGUGGGCCAGUACCACCCAGCUGGCAACAUGUGCAACGCGGGCUACUUUGAGAAGAAUGUCCUACCACUGGGUAGCUCCACCUCUAGAGCCCCCAAAUGUUUCCCCACAGCCGGAGAAGGAGGGAGCCUGAGUGUACCCCAGUCUAAAAUUGCCAGAUCCUCUUCACCUGCAUAUAAGGCUCCUCCUCAGGCGAACGGCACUGUUCAGCAGAAGAACAAAACAUUGACAGACUGUGGUUUUGAGAGGCAGUUUGUGGAUGCUCAUAAUGACUAUCGCAGGAAGCAUGGUGGCCCGCCCCUAGCUCUGAGCAGAGACCUGUGUAACUCCGCCCAGAAGUGGGCAGACCAUCUUCUGUCAAUCAAAAGCCUAAAGCACAGCUCCACCAAUCACGGAGAAAACCUUUACUACGCAUACAGCUCAACCCCCAAAAAACCUGUUGGGAAGGAUGCAGUGGACAGUUGGUACAGUGAAAUCAAAGAUUACCACUUCAAUAAGCCUGGCUUCAGCUCCGGUACAGGUCACUUCACCCAGGUGGUUUGGAAGGACUGCAGCGAGGUAGGUGUGGGCCUGGCCACAGAUGGGCAAACGAUCUUUGUAGUGGGCCAGUACCACCCAGCUGGCAACAUGUGCAACGCGGGCUACUUUGAGAAGAAUGUCCUACCACUGGGUAGCUCCACCUCUAAAGCCCCCAAAUGUUUCCCCACAGCCGGAGAAGGAGGGAGCCUGAGUGUACCCCAGUCUAAAAUUGCCAGAUCCUCUUCACCUGCAUAUAAGGCUCCUCCUCAGGCGAACUGCACUGACCUGGGCCAGUUCCACAGAGACUUCCUACGGGCGUGUAACAACCAGCGGAUGGCACACGGAGCCCCAGCCCUCACACUGGACCCAGCCCUGAGUCAGGGGGCGCAGGCAUGGGCAGAAACUCUACUGGGAGAGCGGGUGCUGAAGAACUCAUCCUCCCCCCAUGGUGAAAAUAUCUGGGCCAAGACGGGGUCAGCGGGCAUCACUGCUACAGGUCAAGAGGUGGUGGACGCCUGGUACAAACAAGAGGAGAACUAUGACUUCUCCAAACCAAGACAUCAGGACAAAACAGGGCAGUUCACACAACUGGUGUGGCGUAGCUCCAAGGAGGUGGGCGUCGGCAUGGCAAACGGUGGCACGGGGAUGCUCGUCGUGGUGGCACACUUUAAACCGGCUGGCAACAUCAGCAACCCCGGUUACCACGCUCAGAAUGUGAUGCCAAAAGGGUCGAAAGUUACAGAUAAGCCAGUGGAGGUCGUCACUUCGAGAAUGCAGGCGUUGGCCGUGAACUCACUGUCAGCCAAUGAGCUUGGCCAGUUCGGCCGGGCUCUCCUGAAGUCUCUCAACCAAUACCGGAGCCAGCACGGGGCAUUACCUCUGGUGCUAAGCCCUGCCCUCACUAGGGAGGCCCAGGAUUGGGCGGCUCACCUGGUGAGCAUCAACACACUGAUGAAUAGCGGCAAAGGCCACGGGGAGAACAUAUUCUACUGCUCUGGCUCCAGCACAGCGACCCCUAAUGGAUCAGAUGUGGCUGAGUCUUGGUACAAGGAGAUUGAGAAGUAUAACUUCUCAUCCCCUGGUUUUCAGAGUGGAGCAGGUAAUUUCACUCAAAUGGUCUGGAAGUCCUCAAAGCAAGUAGGCGUGGGUUUGGCGACCAGUGGGCGGGGCACGUUUAUCGCCGUGGCGUUCUACGAUCCAGCGGGCAACAUCACCAACCCAGGCUAUUUCCAUGACAACGUGAAAACCAAAGGAAGCAAUACUUUAGUCUGAGCCAUAUAUAUACAGUGCCUUGCGAAAGUAUUCGGCCCCCUUGAACUUUGCGACCUUUUGCCACAUUUCAGGCUUCAAACAUAAAGAUAUAAAACUGUAUUUUUUUGUGAAGAAUCAACAACAAGUGGGACACAAUCAUGAAGUGGAACGACAUUUAUUGGAUAUUUCAAACUUUUUUAACAAAUCAAAAACUGAAAAAUUGGGCGUGCAAAAUUAUUCAGCCCCCUUAAGUUAAUACUUUGUAGCGCCACCUUUUGCUGCGAUUACAGCUGUAAGUCGCUUGGGGUAUGUCUCUAUCAGUUUUGCACAUCGAGAGACUGAACAUUUUUCCCAUUCCUCCUUGCAAAACAGCUCGAGCUCAGUGAGGUUGGAUGGAGAGUAUUUGUGAACAGCAGUUUUCAGUUCUUUCCACAGAUUCUCGAUUGGAUUCAGGUCUGGACUUUGACUUGGCCAUUCUAACACCUGGAUAUGUUUAUUUUUGAACCAUUCCAUUGUAGAUUUUGCUUUAUGUUUUGGAUCAUUGUCUUGUUGGAAGACAAAUCUCCGUCCCAGUCUCAGGUCUUUUGCAGACACCAUCAGGUUUUCUUCCAGAAUGGUCCUGUAUUUGGCUCCAUCCAUCUUCCCAUCAAUUUUAACCAUCUUCCCUGUCCCUGCUGAAGAAAAGCAGGCCCAAACCAUGAUGCUGCCACCACCAUGUUUGACAGUGGGGAUGGUGUGUUCAGGGUGAUGAGCUGUGUUACUUUUACGCCAAACAUAACGUUUUGCAGUGUUGCCAAAAAGUUGAAUUUUGGUUUCAUCUGACCAGAGCACCUUCUUCCACAUGAUUGGUGUGUCUCCCAGGUGGCUUGUGGCAAACUUUAAACAACACUUUUUAUGGAUAUCUUUAAGAAAUGGCUUUCUUCUUUCCACUCUUCCAUAAAGGCCAGAUUUGCUCAAUAUACGACUGAUUGUUGUCCUAUGGACAGAGUCUCCCACAUCAGCUGUAGAUCUCUGCAGUUCAUCCAGAGUGAUCAUGGGCCUCUUGGCUGCAUCUCUGAUCAGUCUUCUCCUUGUAUGAGCUGAAAGUUUAGAGGGACGGCUAGGUCUUGGUAGAUUUGCAGUGGUCUGAUACUCCUUCCAUUUCAAUAUUAUCGCUUGCACAGUGCUCCUUGGGAUGUUUAAAGCUUGGGAAAUCUUUUUGUAUCCAAAUCCGGCCUUAAACUUCUUCACAACAGAAUCUCGGACCUGCCUGGUGUGUUCCUUGUUCCUCAUGAUGCUCUCUGCGCUUUUAACGGACCUCUGAGAUUAUCACAGUGCAGGUGCAUUUAUACAGAGACUUGAUUACACACAGGUGGAUUGUAUUUAUCAUCAUUAGUCAUUUAGGUCAACAUUGGAUCAUUCAGAGAUCCUCACUGAACUUCUGGAGAGAGUUUGCUGCACUGAAAGUAAAGGGGCUGAAUAAUUUUGUACGCCCAAUUUUUCAGUUUUUGAUUUGUUAAAAAAGUUUGAAAUAUCCAAUAAAUGUCGUUCCACUUCAUGAUUGCGUCCCACUUGCUGUUGAUUCUUUACAAAAAAAUACAGUUUUAUAUCUUUAUGUUUGAAGCCUGAAAUGUGGCAAAAGGUUUCAAAGUUCAAGGGGGCCGAAUACUUUCGCAAGGCACUGUAUGUAGCAUGUAUGCCAGCACUCCCAAAGGUUUCUAUAGGAAUGGGUGCUUAUCUGGGCAAACACAUUGUUGCUGUUAUCUGUGGUUGUUGCUAUGAUUUGUCCUCUUUUGGAAGGCUAAGAAUCUUUUUUUGUUAGUUAAUUGUUUUCCAUAGAUGGUGCCAUUCGAACGCACCAUGCAGUUGCCAGGAGCCAUCAGUGUAGACGGCCGUUGCGCCGUCUUAUACGAGACAAACCUGACCUUAACUUUUUUAACUUCUGUCUCAAAUGAUACCCUUACAUUGUUAUUUUCUAACCAACAACAGUAAUUUGGGAAAUCUGUAUAAAUGGCUUUUAUGUUGUCUUAAUAGGAAAUCAUUUUAAUGGUUAUGGGUAUUUUUUCAUAACUGCAAUAUAAAAGUAAGAUUUUCACCGGA